UUACGGGAGGGCCCCUCCGGAGGGCCAGACCGAGUCGCUUUAAAGCUUCGGAGUUCGCUAUUCACCAACGCCGUCUGCGCUGCCGGCGUGACUCGCGCGCCAUAGGGUGCUGCGGCGCCUUACGCCGGCGGAGUAGAGACGGUCCUCUUUUUUUUUUUUUUUGCCUGUGCGGGGAGAGAAAGAGGUUUAAAGAGACGAGAGGAGCCUGCUGCCCAUGGACGGCCUGCUGGGGGGCAGGCCCCGGGGGGGCCCCCACCUCUGAAGCACCCGGGGGUGGGAGGGAAGGCAGCUCAGAAGUGAAGGAUCGCUGCUGGACAGUUCCGCCCCUCUUCCACCAUGUCGUUGUCUUCUCCAAAGAGUGCCCCGUCGGAGGUGCCGGCCGGAGUCCCGGCAGGACCGGCGAGAGGACUGACGUCCCACUAGCACGGCGCAUGCGGGUGGAGCGUCGCCCCCUGCCGCCCUCCCCUCCUCUUCCUCCUCCUCCUUUGCCACCCGUGAUGGUGUAUUAACCCAGAAGACGCCCGCUUCUGAUCGGCUCCUCUCCUUCCCCCUCCAUCUCCCUCCCCUCCCCCCGACCCGCAACCCCACCUCAAGUUUCGGCCGUGCUGGGAUUUGUAUGGGAUCGACGUAAUCGUGGAGAGGCCGGGGUAUCACAAACUUAUGGAUUUUGAUAAGAGAGGAGGGAAAGGGGAGAGCGAGGAAAGCAAAAGGAUGUCUAAAACAGGCGGAGGCCGGGGCACUCACGGGAGCCGAACGGCAGGGACCAACUCCGGAGUCUUAAUGGUGGGCCCCAACUUCCGGGUCGGAAAGAAGAUCGGCUGCGGCAAUUUUGGGGAGCUUCGGCUAGGAAAGAACCUCUACACGAACGAAUACGUAGCGAUCAAGCUGGAACCGAUCAAGUCCAGAGCGCCUCAGCUGCACUUGGAGUACCGGUUCUACAAACAGCUUGGCAAUGCAGAAGGAAUCCCUCAGGUUUACUACUUUGGCCCGUGCGGGAAGUACAACGCCAUGGUCUUGGAGCUGCUGGGACCUAGCCUGGAAGAUCUCUUCGACCUCUGCGACAGGACGUUCACGCUCAAGACGGUCCUCAUGAUCGCCAUCCAAUUGAUCACCCGGAUGGAGUACGUUCACACCAAAAGCCUGAUCUACAGGGACGUCAAGCCGGAGAACUUCUUAGUGGGCCGCCCGGGCAGCAAACGACAACACACCAUCCACAUCAUCGACUUCGGCCUGGCCAAAGAGUACAUUGACCCUGAGACCAAAAAACACAUCCCCUACCGAGAGCACAAGAGCCUGACGGGUACGGCCCGAUACAUGAGCAUCAACACUCACCUCGGGAAAGAACAAAGCCGCCGAGAUGACCUGGAAGCACUAGGCCACAUGUUCAUGUAUUUCCUGCGUGGGAGCCUACCCUGGCAAGGCCUCAAGGCGGACACACUGAAGGAACGGUAUCAGAAGAUCGGCGACACCAAAAGAGCCACGCCCGUCGAAGUGCUGUGCGAAAACUUCCCUGAGGAAAUGGCCACGUACCUCCGCUACGUUCGGCGUCUGGAUUUCUUCGAGAAGCCAGACUACGACUACCUGCGGAAGCUCUUUACCGACCUGUUUGAUCGGAAUGGCUUCGUCUUCGAUUACGAAUAUGACUGGGCGGGUAAAGCCUUACCAACCCCCAUCGGCACAAUCCAGAGUGACGUACAAGUCCAGCCUCCAAACAGAGAGAAAGCACAGCAGUUCAUCAAGCAGCAGGUAAUGAGCUCAACCAAUGGGGAGUUGAACACGGACGAUCCGACCGCUGGCCACUCCAACGCCCCCAUCACCGCCCCCGCCGAGGUCGAGGUGGCCGACGACACAAAGUGCUGCUGUUUCUUCAAGAGAAGAAAGAGGAAAACCAUCCAGCGCCACAAGUGACGCUUCUGCCGGAAGAGACCAGGAUCCU